AUGUCUCGAAGGAGAGCGCUACAGGAGGAGUGCAGUGAUGAAGUAAACAACGUGCUCAUUGUCAGCGGUCUCCGUACUAAUUAAUACCACCUUAAUACUUAUUAUAGUCGAAGUCAAGACCUGGAGCAGACUACAACAGCAGCGUUUGUUUACAUUCAUGGACAAAGAAAAGAGCAGCGACAUUCAUGGGCAGUGCUCCUGGAUGGAGAUGCAUCAUUUCAUCAGUGACCUUGCUACAUCUGGAAACAGCACCAAGAAUCAGCCAGAUGUGCUAAACGUAGCGUGGGGCGUGGUCGGUGACGGCGCUGAUGGCGGCAGUGAGGCUGUGGGGUUCAGGAGUUCACUGGGACUUCAGCCCGCCCAGAGCAAGCCAGAGGCGGAGGCUGGGAGAGAGAUCCAGACUACAACAUCACAGAGUAAAGGAGAGGGCAGAUCUGUUAGAAAAGAUGUGCAUUUUUCCUGCACCUGCCCCGGCUGCCCCUACUCCACUUCUCAUUCAUUUGAGACUUUAAAAUCCAGACAACCUUCAACCUCCAGCAGCACCACUCCAAGAAGCCUCAGCAUUCACUUAACAGACACUGAACCCAGCAGCACCACCGCAUCUGAGCUAGAGACUAGACACAGGGAGGAGGCAGACAGAGGGACUCGGAGCCCGGCUACAUCCUCGGACAUCCCUCCCUCCGCAGCAGACUCCAGCUCCUUUACCCACCUCUCCAUGUUUCCCUGCUUAUGUUGCCAUCGCAGCUUCCGAACCUGCACCCAAGGCUUAGAUAUCCAGUUUUCCCAUCCCCACACCCACCAUCAUUUUCACCACCACCAUUGCCCACUUACCUCUUGUUUACCUUGCCCUCAGCUCUCAAGCCCUUUCCCCUGCCUGCGAUCCUUUCCUUCCUGCUCUCAGGUGUGCCACCACCAGCACAGACAAACACACUCUCAGCCACAGGAAGAAAGAGGCCAUGCAGCCUCCACAGUGUUGUCGCCACAUCCCUGUAUGCACUGUUCUGCCUCUUUUUCCAGACCGUCACAGCUGCUGCAGCACCAGCGCUCUGAGCAUGCUCACAAACCAUCUGGCUUUCUCUGCACAGAGUGCGGCAGGGCCUUCAACUCGCACAGCAACCUCCGCAUUCACCUCAAUGUUCACACUGGAGCAAGACCCUACUCCUGCCCUGACUGUGGGAAGAGUUUCAGCCAGUCAGGGGCUCUGAAAAUCCACAGGCGAAUUCACACAGGUGAAAGGCCAUAUCCCUGUGGAUUUUGUGGGAGAGGGUUUCCCCAUCUAGCAGGGGUGCGUGCCCAUCAGAGGACACACACAGGAGAGAAACCCUACCGCUGCAGCCACUGUGGGAAAUGCUUUACCCAGUCUGGAGCUCUCAAAAUCCAUACCCGGAUCCACACAGGAGAGAGGCCCUUUAUCUGCAGUCUCUGUGGGAAGGGAUUCUCCAACCGCUCUGGGAUCCGCUUCCACUACCGAACAGUUCACGGCCUGACCCCUGAACAAGCUGGAGAAGCUGGUUAUCAGGGACCAGCAGGCCAUUUUGGGCAUCCAAAGACUUUUCCUCAAACAAGCAUUGGACUAAAUCCUCCUAGCAGCCCUGGGAGAAACUCACAUGCAGCUCCAACUUCUACAGAUUCUGCUACCCAUCUUAACCUGGCUCCUCUUGUUGGGAAUGAGAGCAAAUCUCAGUCAGAGGGACUAAACCGGGAUAGUAACAGAGAGGUACUUCUGUAUACAUGUGAAGACUGUGGGCUGCAUUUUAAGGAUGCCCUGUCCAGGAACAGACACCAGGCUGUGAUGCACUACUCCACUGAGGGGAGAGAAGAAGAGGAGGGACGGAGGAAGGAGUUAAGCACAAAUGAGAGAGUCUGUGAUAAUAGAGGGCAGUAAAAAUGGAAUAAAACAGUAACUG